AUGGCCGAGUCACAGAACGAGAAUAGUGUCAUGUUCGCUUUAGAACAUUAUCAACUAGCCCUGGAGCUGUUUAUACAGCACCUUGCCACCCCAGCUGUCGAGUCUUGGAUUAUAUUCCCAUCCUUAUGGUUGUUUAUCUUGUACGAACAAACCUAUGGAGACGAUCCGAAGAUUCUACAGGCUCACCUUCGUGGAGUUCGGGAUGUUAUCGCAACCCACGGAACCAAGGUCCUUUCAUGGUCAAUUGAUGAAAGGAAGAUUUCAGAACAGGAAUCUGGAGAAAAUUACAUUCCUUCCCAGAUGAUCAAUAAGAUGGCUGUUUGGACUAUUCAUUACGACGCCAAAGCUUCUACAUUUGGACUCGAUGGUGGGAUCAUUGAUUUGCUCAACCAAAAAUUUCCGGGUUCAAUGCAAAGGCUGUGCGAGUCUUCAAAACAUGCCUUGAAAAAUGCUUGGGGACCUGCAUACCCUGCAUUUGAGGAGGUGUGGGAUAUGCAAGUUGAUGAUCUGUGGAUGUUGAACCACGAGACUACCAUGCUCCGUUUUGAGCUUUCCAUACUGGAACGUAAAAGGGGCAAGAUAGUCUCCAGUGAGAAAAUUAAUUUCGGAAAAAAACUUCGGAUUAUCGAAAAGAGAUUUUCAAACUACGCAUCUAUUGCGCUUUCCAAACAACGCGAACGAAGUGAUUUGGUCUCCAACAUUUGCUCAUUAGUGGCCGACCUUUAUGCAUUAAUUGUUCGCUAUGAUCGAAUUACAUAUCAUAUCCAGUCUUCGGCAUUGUCUCCACUUCUGAAGGUUUGUGCUUAUUUGUAUGAGUAUGAAGGCAGUUCCUUUUUGUGGCAUAUAGCAUGGCCACUGUUUGUAGCGAGCUUUGAGACAGAUGAUCCAAUUCACCAGUCAUGGAUCAUUGAUCGCUUCGAACAAAUGGAGAAGACUGGCAAAAAUAUGAGGCGAGCUAAGAUUAUGUUGAAGGAGCUGUUUAAGACUAAGCGAGAUAUGUCACAGCCAGUAGAUUACUAUCUUGACUGGAUAGUUGAUAGCAAAUUCGAGCAAUUUUCAAUUUAG